CGUUUCCACUUCCGCCGCCAUUUCCGCUUCCGGCAGUGGUAAUCGCGAUGUCGGCGCUGGCAGCGAAUCCCAACAACCCCGUGGUUUUCUUCGAUGUAACCAUCGGCGGGCAGGAGGUCGGCCGCAUGAAGAUCGAGCUGUUUGCAGAUGUUGUACCCAAAACAGCAGAGAACUUCAGGCAGUUUUGUACAGGUGAAUUCAGGAAAGAUGGUGUCCCUAUAGGUUAUAAAGGAAGCACUUUCCACAGGGUAAUAAAGGAUUUCAUGAUCCAAGGAGGUGACUUCGUAAAUGGAGAUGGCACUGGAGUAGCCAGUAUAUAUAGAGGUCCUUUUGCAGAUGAAAACUUCAAGCUGAAACACUCUGCUCCUGGGCUGCUUUCUAUGGCAAACAGUGGUCCGAGUACCAACGGCUGCCAGUUCUUCAUUACGUGCUCCAAGUGUGACUGGUUGGAUGGGAAACAUGUUGUGUUCGGUAAAAUUGUCGAUGGGCUGUUGGUCAUGAGAAAAAUUGAAAACGUGCCAACAGGUCCCAAUAACAAACCCAAGUUGCCAGUUGUGAUCUCUCAGUGUGGGGAAAUGUGAAGCAAUGAAAAAGCAAUGUGUGUUCCUUUACUGGUGAUUAGACCUGUGCUGGCUCUAUGCAAUUCGAAGUCCAGCCAGCUCAUCUACUGCCCCAGACUUCUCCACAGGCCAGAUCCAUCCUCUUGAGGUUCUCCUGAAAUUAUUUAAUAAUGGGCAUCUUUUUUUUUCUUUUUUUUUUCCUUUUUUUUUUUUUUUACAUUUUGAAAUGUUAAUAAAGAAUUUUUUUAACA